AUGGGACUCUCUCGUGAUAAACCCUGGUUUUUGACAGGAGACUUCAACGAUAUCAUCGAUAGCACAGAAAAGUCAGGUGGUCAACAACGCAAAGAAGCAUCUUUUGGGAACUUCCGAACUUUUCUCUCACACAGUGAUCUCUUUGACCUUCAACAUACUAGGAAUUUCCUAUCUUGGCGUGGAAUCCGCGGUUCCCACCUGGUACACUGCAGACUUCAUCGUACCAUGGCCAAUAGUAUGUGGCUUGAGCUUUACCCUACUAGCCGCUGCUACUACCUCGACUACGAAGGCUCUGAUCACAGACCUCUCCUGUCAGAAUUCCAACAUGAGAAAAAGAAGAAAGGAGGUAUAUUCAGAUAUGAUAGAGCAAUGCGGCACAACCCUGAGAUAUCAAAGCUUAUCAAAGUUACAUGGAAUAAAUUCGAAGGCGAGCUAGUGGAGACAUGUAUUGCUAACUGCAGGAAAGAAAUAAGCCGUUGGAGCCGGAAACAUCACAUGAACAACCGGAAAACAAUUGACGAGGAAAAAGCGAAACUUGAAACAGCAAUGAGUGCAACAAUACCUAACCCUACUACGAUCAAGGAAAGCAAUAAAAAGCUAGAAGCAGCUUACCGGAAAGAGGAAGAGUUCUGGAAACAACGAAAUAAAGAUGGUCUACCUGUCUAUGAGGAAGAAGAUUUCGUCCGAGUAAUUAGUGCUUAUUUCCAAGAUAUCUUCAUUACAAGGUCACCAUAUUGUACAGCCACAGUCUGUCAAGCAAUCAAACCUUGUAUCAGAGAGGAAACCAACAGAAUCCUCAUAGCCAUCCCUUCCAACGAAGAGAUCCGUUCAGCUCUGUUUGCUAUAUACCCAGAUAAAGCUCCAGGACCUGAUGGCUUCUCUGCACGCUUUUUCCAAACAGACUGGCUCAUACCAAAGAUCCAUUCCACGAGGCUAAUCUCAGACUGCAGGCCCAUUGCUCUAUGCAACGUUUUCUACAAGAUCAUCUCAAAGAUCCUAACCAAGCGGCUACAACCUAUCUUACCAACAAUCAUCUCGAAAAACCAGACGGCUUUUGUACCGGGAAGAGCGAUCUCAGACAAUGUUCUGAUCACGCAUGAAAUAUUGCACUAUCUCAAGGGUUCAAAAGCAACAAAAUACUGCUUCAUGGCUGUGAAAACUGAUAUGAGCAAAGCCUAUGAUAGAUUGGAAUGGAACUUCAUAGCUACGGUCCUAGAGAGAAUGGGGUUUCACGCUAAAUGGAUAAAUUGGAUUUUCCAAUGCAUAUCUACGGUAUCCUAUGCGUUCCUAGUCAAUGGAGCAGCACAAGGCAAGGUCAUACCUCAACGCGGGAUUAGGCUAGGUGAUCCUUUAUCCCCAUUCAUCUUUAUCUUAUGCGGCGAGGUCCUCACUGGUCUCUGCAACAACGCUCAAGUAAAUGGUCUCCUCCCCGGAAUAAAAGUGUCAAGAGAGAGCCCUCGGACAAACCAUCUUCUCUUUGCAGAUGAUACUAUGUUCUUUUGCAAGACAAAAGAACAAAACUGUGUCACUCUGGCUACGAUCCUGCAGAAAUAUGGAGAAGCAUCAGGGCAACAAAUCAAUCAUCAGAAAUCCUCCAUAUCCUUCUCAUCAAAAACACCACAAGAUAUUAGGGACAGAGUAAAACUGACGCUUGGGAUAGAAAAAGAAGGAGGUCAGGGUAAGUACUUGGGGCUACCUGAGAGUUUCGGACGAAAGAAGAAGGACUUGUUCUCUUUGAUAGUAGACCGCAUCCGUCAACGAGCAGUUAGCUACUCUUCACGACGACUAUCGACAGCAGGAAAGUUAACUCUAAUCAAGAGUGUCCUCUCAGCCAUACCCACAUACUCCAUGACGUGUUUCAAGCUCCCUGCCAGCCUUUGCAAACAAAUUCAGUGUACACUAACUCGAUUCUGGUGGGACUCAACACCGGGAAUGCAAAAGAUGAGUUGGACUUCAUGGAAGAAGAUAACAAAAUCCAAAACCAUAGGAGUGUUGGGUUUCCAUGACAUUCAAAGCUUCAAUGACGCCUUACUAGCAAAGCUCAGCUGGCAAAUCCUAACCAAUCCAAAUUUCCUGUUAGUCCGUGUCUUACAAGGAAAAUGUUGCAAAGAUCAUCAUAUUUUAGACGUUCCUACCUCCAAUUCAUCGUCACAUGGCUGGAGAGGAGUUCUCAUUGGAAGAGACCUCUUAGUGGAAUAA